AACACGCAUGCGCAGCUAUUGCGUGACGGUUCCCAUUUGAAAUUAAACCGGGAGCUAACGGAGGAGCUAACGGGGGGACAUCAGCUUGUGUUGAGAGAGCUUCAUCAAACCCGGCCAGGCUUUUAUCCAGGAUGAGUGAUCUGGAGGAGAUCAGCGGACAUGUCCAUGACAGGAUUUCAUCGUUAAGACACCUGUUGGACCUGUCCCUCGUCGCUCUUCCUCAGAAUAAGAUGAAGAAGCUGGGACAGGAGCUGUUUGCUCUGCAGACACUUCUGGAGGAGUUUGACAAAUGUGUCGACAAUCAGAGAGAGCGACUCAACGACCUGAAGGAGCUGGAGGAGUCGUUCCAGAAGGAUCUGGAGGACGUCAGUCACAUGAAGGACAACGUACCUGCUCACAUGCCGAAGAGAGAAGCCGCGACACAAGGAGGUGAGUCUGUGAUGAAGCAGAGUGAGACGCUGCAGCAGGAACACGUGAAGAAGAGCAGCAGGAGCUUCAUCAGAGAGAUGGACUUCAUCACUGUCUCAGAGUUUGACAGCAUCCCUCAGUACAUGAGAGGACGUGUGUCGUACGAGCAGUUGAAUGCUGCAGUGCAGAGCAUCAACACUUCUGUUACAGCAAAGUACAAAAUCCUCCAUCAGUCUGUGAAGAGUCUCAACAAUCAUUCCCGUAAACUGCAGCAGCGCUUCAAGGAGCAGGAGAGCAAAGACACUAGAGGUCACUUCUUCGUGGUGGAGGACGACUUCAGAGAGUUCACUCAGAUGAAGAUGGACAAACGGUUUCAGGGGAUUCUGAGCAUGUUGAGACACUGUCAGCGCCUGAAGGAGCUCCGAGGUGGGGGUCUGACCAGAUACCUGCUGCUGUGAUGGGGGGCGGGGGGGUCUGACCUGAUACCUGCUGGUCCGAUGAGGACACACUCAGGGGUCUGAUGGAGCUCAGCUCUAAACAUGUGAAAUGAGUUUCCUCCCUGAAUGAAGAUUUGCCUCAUUAGAAGGACAACACAGAGACGGCAACAACACUCAAAUCAUCGUCAUGGUAACGGUUCAAGAGCCACUUGUUGAUUUAACCCCUGGUUAUAUUAAUAAUAGUCAUGUCAGUCAUAUUUACAGAGCUUUUAUUUUGAAGGCAUUUAUCCCUUUGAGUGUGUGUUUUAUGAAUCAGACGGCGUCUUGUUGACUCAUUUGCAAGUUUAGAAAGUGUCGAAGCUGCACAAUCUUUUAGUGAAUCAGACCCUGAGACAGAACCAGCAGAGCAUCAGGAGCAGGAAACCAUCAGAAUGAGAAUAUAUUUGUUUAAGUCAUUUCAAUUAACGAGGAUCAUGUGAGCUUCAAAAUAAAACGUGUGCUGAUUACAGCUUACUCACUCAGAGUAAAUUCCUCCCCUGUUCUUCAUUAACAUGAAUGUUAUUUUAAAUGCAAAUGUCAGGUUUCUGUCCCCGCCCAUCAUCACACUGACCCCGCCCAUCAUCACACUGACCCCUUCCAUUGUCACACUGACCCCGCCCAUCAUCACACUGACCCCGCCCAUCAUCACACUGUCCCCUCCCAUCAUCACAUUGACCCUGCCCAUCAUCACGGUCCCAGGGUCUGUCACCUUCACCUGUGUCAGAGCCCCUAAGCACUCUGCCCGUCCACUGGCUCAGAUUGAUCUCUAUACACAUAUAUAUAUGUGUAUAUGUAUGUAUGUAUCUUUAAAUCCUUGUAUGCUGAGAAAAGUAAAUGACUUAAUUGGAUGUGAGAAAUGCUCUAAUCUGUUUCAAAAUAAAAGGACGGAGUGAUUUCUCCGUCUGGAUUGAA